GUGUCGCCCUCUAUAGUAAAAAUCUACCGGAAAACACAAGAGGCAAAAAUGGCUGACAUGGAAGAUUUGUUUGGUUCAGAUGCCGAUAGUGAUAACGGCAGUGGACCUGGUAGUCCAAAGAGUGGAUCAGCCAGUCCUGCUCGAAGUGGAUCUGCUAGCCCUGCCAGGAGUGGAUCAGCCAGCCCUGCUAGAAGUGGAUCAGCCAGCCCUGCCAGAAGUGGAUCAGCCAGCCCUGCCAGAAGUGGAUCAGCCAGCCCUGCCAGAAGUGGGUCAGCUAGUCCAGCUAGAAGUGGAUCAGCCAGUCCAGCCAGAAGCGGAUCAGCUAGUCCAGCCAGAAGUGGAUCAGCCAGUCCAGCCAGAAGUGGAUCAGCCAGUCCAGCACGAAGUGGAUCAGCAAGCCCAGCUAAAAGUGGUUCUGCAAGCCCAGCUCGUAGUGGAUCUCCAAGCCCAACAAGAAGUGGAUCAGCUAGUCCAGCACGAAGUGGUUCAGCCAGCCCGGCACAAAGUGGAUCGGGAAGCCCUGCAAAAAGUGGACAAGCUAGCCCAGCUAGAAGUGGAUCUGCUAGUCCAGUUAGGAGUGGAUCUGCAAGCCCAGCCAGGUCUUCCAAAAGUGGAUCUGUUAGCCCAACUAGAAACCGAUCUAGGAGUAGGUCUAGAAGUAAAUCUGCAAGUCCAAGUAGAAAAUCUCCUAGCCCAUCCCGAAGGAAAUCAGAUACUGAAAAAGCUGGUUCUGACUCUGAUGAAGAAAUUUCAAAGAAAAAGAAAACAAACAUAAUAUCUAGUGAUGAUGAAGGCUCAAUGUCAGGUGGUGAAAAUAAAGUUACAGCUACUGCAGAAGACAUAUUUGGUGAAGGAUUAGAUAUAAGCUCUGAUGAAGAGGACGCAGAAAAGAAAAAUGAAGAAGGAAGACAGGAGGAAAGAAUGGAGGAUGGUGGAGAAGAUGAACAAGAACCAGAGGAGAUACCAGAGACAAGGAUAGAUGUUGAAAUACCAAAAAUCAGCACAAAUUUAGGAAAACAUUUGCAUUUUGUGAAACUUCCCAAUUUCCUAAGUGUAGAAACAAGACCUUUUGACUCCAACACAUAUGAAGAUGAAAUUGAUGAAGAUGAGGUUUUAGAUGAAGAAGGAAGGUCAAGGUUGAAAUUGAAGGUUGAGAACACUAUAAGGUGGAGACCAAAGAAAGACGAGUUUGGCAAUAUCAUGAUGGACGAAAAUGGGAAACAAUUGAGGGAAAGCAAUGCAAGGAUAAUUCGAUGGUCAGAUGGCAGCAUGUCUCUUCAUCUGGGUAAUGAGGUUUUUGAUGUCCACACUAUGGGUCUCCAGGGAGAUUACAACCACCUGUUUGUAAGGCAGGGUACAGGUCUACAAGGACAGGCUGUCUUUAAAACAAAACUUACAUUUAGGCCACAUUCCACAGAGUCUUUCACACACAGAAAGAUGACUAUAUCAUUGGCAGAAAGGUCUAAUAAAGCACAGAAAAUACGAGUAUUGCCUAUGGCUGGCAAAGAUCCAGAAUCUCAAAAAGCAGAAAUGAUUAAGAAAGAAGAGGAAAAAUUAAGGGCAUCCAUACGCAGAGAAAGCCAGCAGCGACGAAUGCGUGAGAAAGCCCAUUCUAGAGGUAUAAGUCAGUCUUAUUUAGAAGAUGAGGAAGAUGAAGAUGAAGAAGGUGCUAUUUCAUUGGCUGCAAUCAAAAAGUCUUUCAAAGAAAAAAGAAAAGAGACUCGUCCUAAUAUUUAUUCAGAUAGUGAAGAUUCUGCAGGAUCAGAGAAAGACACUACAAAGGCUAACAGACUUAUGAAGGCCAAGAAACUGGCUAGUGAUAGUGAAGAGUCUGAUUCAGACACAGAAGUGAAAAAGAAAAAGGCGAAAGUUGUAGAAGAUAGUGAAGAAGAGGACUGAUAUUGAAAAUCAUUAAGUUAGGAGAAAAGAAAAAAUUGGUUGAAAUUGCAGUCAUCACAUUCCUGGAAAAAAUGAUCAAAAAGGCAAAGAUUUUGUUUUCAUCAAGAAACAAAUCCAGGUGAUUUUAUAAUUUUCAGGUGAAAUCUGUGGUGAAAACAAUUGCAGAAUAGUUGUAAAAAACACUGGUUUACCUUAAAAAUGUUUUUUUAAACAAUUUCACCAUGAAAUGUGUACCUUGUAUAUUUUGUAUAAAGGCUUUGUAAA